AUGGAAGAUUCACCGGUUAAUGCGGCACAUGCUUUUGCAAAUGCAGCAGAAGAAUUAAAAGAAAAGGAACAAUGGGGACAAGCGAUGCAAGCUCAUUUCCGUGCCGCUGGGAAGGAAGUACAACGUCGAUUGGCCAAACAAGCGCCACCGCAAGAAAAAUUAAGUCCCUCAUCAUCAAAUCGUACUAGGAGGCCAUCUUCAUCCACGAGUUCAAAGUCCAGUGUUAAUAAUCCACAGGUGAAAAAUAAAUCUGAACAACGGAAUCAACAAAAUCAACCUACGCUAUCUACUCAGCCAGCAGUUAACUCGGGUAUACUUCAGAUAAACUCCAGUUCAGAUGAUAGGUUAUCAUCCGAUUUCUUAAAACCUAGUACUCCUUUAGAGCUUUCAAACGAUUCGACUAAUUCAAAACUUAACCCAGUAUUGUCUGACUCAAUUGCAUCUACAGGAACUUUAAAAACUAAUACAAUGUCAUCAACAACACCAAGUAUGAUGGAUGGUUCUUCAAGUUCGGAAAAGACGAUAGAAGAAUCAUAUAUGAUGUUAAAAGGAAAUAAUGAAUCAACAGAUGAUGAUGAAGCAGAUCCAUUUAACAAAUUUUGGGAUAUUGUUGAAGGGUUGGUUCAAAAAAUUUCUAAUCCUGUUGCCUUCGCUACGGUACCUCUUAAUGGUGCUUACUCUCGAGCAACAUUAGACCAGAAUAUCGUUCAACCUACUUUACCAAUUCAUUAUAAUACCGUAGACGAGAAUAUUGUGGAUGAUUCUAAAGUUGAAGAGCUAAAUGCAGCAAUGAUGGAAUCAUUUUAUAUUAUACCCAAGGACCAGAGGCCUAAUUCACGAACUGUAAUGCCCCCACAAACUUCAUCAUCAUCAACCCCAUCGACUCCUAUUCCUUCUGAUGAUAAAAACUCAACAAAAACUUUAGAGGAGUAUUCUAUUGAGAAUAAGCAACUCAAGGCUAUAAUAGAUAAGCUUUCAAAGAGAAUGUUAAGUUAUGAAAAGGCUGCAGAAGAAAAUAAUAUGUUGAAAAGUAGCAUUUUACAAUUCAAAAAUGACGUUCAAAAACAGGCAAAGCGAAUAAAAGUAAAGCAAACAUCUCCUGAAAUUGGUAAUGCUCAUCUUCAAAAACGUAUAAAAGAGCUAGAAGAAGAAAAUCUUCAUGAACAAAUUGCAAAAUAUAAAGAUCGAUGGGAAAAGUUAAAGGAAUCUGCUAAGAAGAAACGAGUUAACAAGCAAGUUGAAGCAUCACAAAUUGAUAAUUCUUCUCAUCAAAUUUGA